CGAUCCUCUCACGGUGUCCACGUCGUCGCGGACCUUAGUCGCAGUCGUCGUCGUCAUCGUCGCCGCCGUCGUCGUCGUCGUCGUCGCCGUCGUCGUCCUCGUCCUCGUCGCCAUCAUCGCCAUCAUCGCCGUCGCCGCCAACGCCGCCACAGCAACCGCAUCGCUGUCGCACGCGAUUAUACGCCGUCGCACGCGAUUAUACGCCGUCGAAUGAUGUUGACGACGGGGUGGGCGGUGUCCGCGUGGCUGUUGCUGCAGUUGUUGCAGCCGCCGCUCGCCGUGCAGGCCGCCGCGGGAUUCGUCGAGUACAAGGUGGGCGUGCUAAUGACCACCAAACUGGACUCGCCGUUCGACCUGGAACGGUGCGGGCCGGCCGUCGACCUGGCCCUGGACAUGGUCAACAAGAAGUUCCUGGCCCACCACAGGGUACGCCUGAAGAAAGUCGAGAGCAGCUAUCCAUCUUGCUCAGGCGCCCAAGCGCCAGGAUUGGCUGCCAAAAUGUACUUUGUCGAUAAAGUCAUCGCGUUCAUCGGACCAGCAUGCGCUUUCGCGUUGGAACCCGUCGCCAGACUAGCCGCGUUUUGGAAUCUACCGAUCAUAACCGGAAUGGGCGACCAACCCCCAGCCGAAGGUCAAGUAUCAGCCAUGUCGGGCAUACUCGGCAAACUACCGAAAUGGAAAAACGAUUCGGGCAUUUUUAAAGACAAGUCCGAUUAUCCGACGCUGACAAGAAUGUCAUACUGUCAGCGCAGAUUAAAACUUGUAUUUCUAAGCAUUUUCAAAAAGUUCAAUUGGAAGCACGUGGCCUUAAUACAGGAUCGUUCGGAUUUGUUUUCCUUGACAGUGGGUAAAAACUUGGAACUUGGGCUUAAAAAAGCUGGUGUUUUGAGUUUUCUACGAGAUUUAGACGGCAAUGACGAAGAUCCACAGUGCGAAACCUUAUUAAAAGAGGCAAGCACUCAGGCAACAGUCGUGAUUCUAUGCGUGAGAGGAACGUUAGUGCGAAAAUGCAUGUUGGCUGCUCACAAGCUCGGGAUGACCAAAGGCGAUUGGGCAUUUUUGGACGUGGAGUUGGUGCAGGGCUCGUAUUGGGGUGAACACGGAUGGUCGGCGGGAGAUAGUGAAGAUGGCGCCGCUAGAAAAGCUUACCAAGCACUGUUGCGGGUGUCCCUACUAAAGCCCGCCAGUUCACAAUUUCACAAUUUCUCUAAGCUGGUCAAGCAGAAGGCGCUGGAAAAUUACAACUACACGCUGUCCGAGAGCGAAGAAGUAAAUUUUUUCGUUGGAGCAUUUUACGACGGAGUGCAUUUGCUCGGCAUGGCGAUGAACGAAACUCUGACCAACAAACAAAACAUCAAAGACGGCAAGACAAUCACCAGUUUGAUGUGGAAUAGAACGUUCAGCGGUGUCACGGGCCGAGUGAGGAUCGAUGAGAACGGCGACAGGGAUGCGGAUUACGCGAUAUUGGACUUGGACCCGAUCACGGGUAGGUUCGAGGUGGUGGCCAAGUACUACGGGGAGGCGAGGAACUACAGCCCGGUUGUGGGCAAACACAUCCACUGGCCCGGCGGAUCGGACGGACCACCUAAGCAUGUCCCGGUCUGCGGAUUCCUGGGAAACGGACCAACCUGCGACUCUAGAGAUAUUUACUAUAUAAUGUUGUAUGCAUUGAUUGCUUUCACCGUGUUCAUUUCAUUCGUCACCGUAUUGGCUUUCAUCGUUAACAGACAGCUUAAACUCGCAGCGGAUUUAAACAAUAUGAGUUGGAGAGUACGACCAGAAGAAGUAUUGAUUGAAGUCAGCAAACCGUAUUCAUCUCGCUUGGCUCUACAGAAACCGACUGAGAUAUUCGAACCGGCGUUGCAGGAGAAAUUAAUCUGUCGGCGAAGGUCUGACACUUCAAACUCGUCGUUGCCACCAGCACAAGUAUACACCACAGUCGGUAUUUACAAGGGAUCUAGGGUGGCGAUAAAGAAAGUCGUUAAGAAAAAAGUCGACUUGAACAAAAAACUUUUAUGGGAAAUCAAACAAGUACGCGACGUAACACAUGAAAAUACAGUACGUUUCAUUGGCGCGUGUAUUCAUUGUCCUACAGUGCUUAUACUUACCGAAUAUUGCCCGAAAGGGAGUUUAAAAGAUGUCCUGGAAAACGACGCUCUAAGGUUGGAUUGGAACUUUAGAAUGUCACUGAUACACGACAUUGUCAAGGGUAUGGCAUUUUUACACAGUUGUGAAGUUGGUGUACAUGGAAAACUACGAUCCAGCAAUUGCUUAAUCGAUGGACGGUUCGUACUUAAGUUGUCCAACUUUGGGUUACGGACGCUCACUACACCUUCAGAAGUUAUACACGAUAGUGUUUACUACCACAAAUUAUUGUGGGUAGCUCCAGAACUUCUUUCCGAACAAACUAGUAACUUAAUACCAGCUACCCAAAAAGGAGAUGUUUACAGUUUUGCUAUUGUCUUGGAAGAAAUAGUUGUACGUGGUGGACCUUACGAGUUUGUCAAAAACGACUUAACAACACAAGAAAUUUUGGAAAGAGUCGGGUUGCGCGAAGAACCAUAUUUCCGUCCCGACAUAUCCGGACACGAUUGCCCGGAACCAUUGUCCGAACUUAUACAGAGAUGUUGGAAUGACGUUCCCGAAGAGAGACCCGGCUUCGACAUCAUGCGAAGUAUCGUCCGACAGAUCACGAGAACCACGACUCUGCCCAAUGUAAAUGUCGGAAAUUUUACGAACACAUUAUCUACGCGAGCGCCACGAAUUCCUAGCAAAUUAAUAAACAUAAAGCCAGACAGUUAUUUACUAGACCGGGGAUAUUGCGAAAAUUUAAUGGAUGACUUGGUGCUGAGAAUGGAACAGUACGCGAAUAACUUGGAAGCCCUGGUCGAAGAGAAAACCGACCAGUUGAGCCAAGAAAAACGCCGAUCGGAAGAGUUGUUAUUUCAAGUAUUACCCAGACCAGUUGCUCAACAACUGAUGGCCGGCGAAAUGGUCAAGCCCGAACAAUUUGAAAACGUCACCGUGUACUUUAGCGAUAUCGUUGGCUUCACCGUCCUUUGUGCACAGAGUUCUCCGAUGCAGGUGGUAAACCUUUUAAACGAUUUGUACAGCACGUUCGACCGGAUCAUUGGGUUCUACGACGUGUAUAAGGUGGAAACAAUCGGGGACGCUUAUAUGGUUGUUUCUGGAUUGCCAGAGAGAAACGGCGACAACCACGCCAAAGAAAUCGCACUCAUGUCUUUAGCUAUUCUAGACGCCGUCCAAAUGUUCACGAUCCAACAUAAGCCCGAUGCUCAACUCAAAGUUCGAAUCGGAAUUCAUACAGGGCCUGUGUGCGCCGGCGUUGUUGGCCAAAAAAUGCCGCACUACUGUCUUUUUGGGGAUACCGUUAACACCGCAUCCAGAAUGGAGUCGACUGGAGAACCAUUGAGAAUUCACGUGAGCUGGGCCACCAAACACAUACUGGACACGUUUCAAACAUUCAAGUUAGAGCUGAGAGGUGACGUGGAACUUAAGGGUAAAGGAGCGGUGGUCACCUACUGGUUGGUCGGCUGCACCGAACAAGACCCGAGACCUCCGACACCGAUUAGCACCGAUACGUUGGACCCCAACAACCCUUACCCCUUGAUAUUCCCCGAGUUGAGCAAAUAGUUACUAUAUACAUAUAAAUGUAUUAAUAUUCUACACAAAAUUAAUAAUAAUAAUAAUAAAAGUGUAAAUUAUGUUACUGUCGCCGUAAGUGCGAUAACACCGAGGUUACUAUACUCAAAACAUUUUACUAAUUGUCAUUAAAUCGUAUUUUUGUUCAACCCCGAAAUUGUAAUAAUUCAUUUAUUAAUUAUUACACAGUAUAGAAAAUACAAAAGCUUUAAAUUAAUAAU